GGUUAAAACUCAUCAUCAUCAUCACAAUCAUUAUGGAUAGAAGACUAGAAUUCAACACAAAAUAUAAAUUGAAAUUUAGUCGUUAAAUGUAAAGGCAGCGGUUGAAAACCUUAAAAUUUAGUUUGAAAAUUUUUGCGGAAAUUUUAGAUUUAAAAAUUUUGUCUUAAAAUCGAAAAAAAAAACAGAAAAGAAAAGAAGAGUGUAAAGCACGUCUGUUAUAGAAACUGAAAACAACGUGUUGGCAUUUAAAAUUGGAAAUUUCCCGUUUAAAUUUAAAUAGAAAUUUUAGUUUUGAAAUGUCUAUAAAGCUUGUGGCUUUAUGUGUGUGUAUUUUGAUCUUAAGUAGUCCUGUUAGUGAGGGCAGACGUGGUCGUGGCAGAGGUCGCACUAAGUCAAGAGUGCAAAUUGGUUUGCCCAUAACAGGGAAGUACCGAGAUCCAGAAUCUGAUCAGUAUUAUAACAAUAACAAUGGUGCCAAAAUUUUACAGGCUUCACAUUUUGAUUAUGAAUAUGUUUUGGGUCAUAAAAUCGCUUUCUUGUGUGUGGCCAAAGGUAAUCCUAGACCUCAUAUUACCUGGUAUAAAGAUGGCACUGAAAUCUUUCAACAUCUCUACAUGCAUGUCCAUGAAUGGCGCAUUGGUGAUGAUCGCGUUAAGUCAAAAAUUGAAAUAGAUCCUGCCACCCAAAUGGAUGCUGGUUUAUAUGAAUGUACUGCUGAUAAUAUGUAUUCCAUUGAUCGUCGCAGUUUUAAAACAGAUUUUUCAAUUGCUUUCGAUUAAAAUUUUGUUGCUGUUUUUUUUUUGUUUUCUGUGUCGUCUUGCUCAAUUUGUCACAAAAUUGUAGGCCAUAGAAGAAGGGGGUGGGGGUGGUAUAAUGUUGGUGGGUUUUAAAGUGUAUGGCAGAGUACAAAGUCCAAGUUGAUUUUCUUUUUUAACAUUUAAUAUUAUUUAACAUUUUGUAAAUUUUCAAUCGUUAUAAUAAAGAAAAUAUUUUAAAAAAUUUUUUGUAAAAGAAUUUUCAAACAAAA